AUGAGCGAAGAUGAGGCACGAAAGCGUCGUGAACAGCUCAACAGAAGGCCAAGUUACAGAAUGAUUCUGAAAGAUCUGGAGACUGCUGAUAAAGUUCUCAAAAAGGAGCCAGACGAGACGCCUCCAUCAUCUGUUGAUGCAUCACCUCUACAGGUUAAUAUACCUCCGUCGACUGGACGAUCGAGCGUAACAAGCGGUCCUAGUCCUUAUGCAUCUCCUUUGACUGGUGGUCUGCUACAAGGUGGCAGUCUUCCUCACCCUCUUCAUCUCAAUGGCGAUCUUGGAACACUCCCUCCGGGACUUGAUUUCGCUGCUGCAAUCGCUGCUGCUGCUUCAUCCAGUCAGAAUUCAGCUCUAACAGUUGGAGCAGGUCGGUAG